AUGCUCUCUCAUGCCGACCUCCUGGAUGCUCGGCUCGGGAUGAAGGAUGCUGCAGAGUUACUCGGACACCGAGAGGCUCUCAAGUGCCGGCUGGGUGGUGGGGUGCCAGACCAGGGGCACCCGGGAGACAUGGCCCCUGGUUCGGACUCCGUGGAGGGAACCACUCUCCUGCCGGGAGAAGACAUCGCUAACGUGGGAUCCAACUCCGCCGGCAUGACGGUGAACGGGAAGGAGCAGGAGAAGCAGCAGCAGCAGCAGCCUCAGCAGAGCUCCAGUCAGUCCGCCAGCCAGAAACAGAAGCGGCACAGGACGCGCUUCACGCCGGCGCAGCUCAACGAGCUGGAGCGCAGCUUCGCCAAAACCCACUACCCUGACAUCUUCAUGAGGGAGGAGCUGGCGCUGAGGAUCGGCCUCACUGAGUCCAGAGUUCAGGUUUGGUUUCAGAACAGACGAGCCAAAUGGAAGAAGAGGAAGAAGACCACCAAUGUUUUCCGCUCCCCGGGAACUCUGCUUCCGACACCGGGCCUGCAGCAGUUCUCUGCCGCGGCCGCCAUGGAGAACAGCCUCUGCUCUUUCCACGCCAACGACUCUCGCUGGGCCACGGGGAUGCCGGGAGUGUCCCAGCUGCAGCUCCCGCCGGCCCUGGGUCGCCAGCCGGGCAUGCAGUCCCUGUCACAGUGCAGCCUGGGCCCAGGCCCUCCAAACUCCAUGGGUCUCUCCAACGGCCUCUCCUCCAACGGCUCCGGUCUGCAGUCCCACCUCUACCAGUCGCAUUUCCCCGGAAUGUCGGCCUCUCUCUCCGGCCCCUCAAACGUAUCGGGCUCGCCGCAGCUGUGUACUUCCCCGGACAGUGACAUGUGGAGAGGGACAAGCAUCGCCUCACUGCGGCGCAAAGCCCUGGAGCACACAGUGUCCAUGAGUUUCACUUAG